ACCUGUCGGUUUGCUUAAGGGUGUGUUUGCUUCUGUAUUUUUUUAAGCUUUCAAAGCUUAAUAGACAGAAACCCUCCAGAGAAUUCGCGGCUCAAAGCUAGGAGAACCAGAAAUUGAACAGUGAACACAAAAAGACAUAAACUUUGUUGUAUCGUCGACUCUGUUCUUUUUCAGUUUCACCAAACUGGUACUAAAGCUUCUUCCUUUGUCAUUCUUUUCUUCCCCUUAUUCCAACCCUCAGUUCUCCUUUGCCCUUACUUUCAUAGUUUAGGAGAAAGAUUAUGUUAAGGUCUAGACUUUCAAGAAUUGGAGCUGGGAUAGUCAAAGAACUCUCAAGAGGACAAUGUACAGCCAUGUGUAGAUCAUCAUUUAUACUAAGGCCGUAUAGUGCAUGUUGGCGACCUCAGGUUGAAUUACACCCAGAAACUAAGGGUUUCCAAGGUACUAUAUUUCGAAAGCAUUACCAGUUCUCUAGCACAGCUACCAGUAGUGAUUCUGCAAAUGGCAGUGACCCAGAGGAGAUGAUAUCCAUAACAUUUGUAGGUAAGGACGGGGAGGAAAAGGAUAUCAAGGUCCCUGUUGGAAUGUCCAUGUUAGAAGCUGCUCAUGAAAAUGAUAUAGAACUUGAAGGAGCAUGUGAAGGCUCACUUGCUUGUUCGACGUGUCAUGUGAUUGUGAUGGACAUGGAAUACUACAACAAAUUAGAAGACCCAGCUGAUGAGGAGAAUGACAUGUUGGAUUUGGCAUUUGGGCUUACAGAAACUUCCCGUCUGGGUUGUCAAGUGAUUGCAAAGCCUGAGCUCAAUGGAAUGCGCCUAGCUAUUCCUGCUGCCACUCGUAAUUUUGCCGUUGAUGGGUAUGUUCCAAAACCACACUAGACAACAUGUUUCGGCACCAGAAGAUGUUUAUUGAGUGUAAAAAUGUGAUCGUCCCAGUUUUGUAGCUCCUUUGCUGUAGUGGAUCAAUGAGCAUAUACAACAGUCAAGCCAUCCCUUUCCAUUGAAUAUUUUGCUUAUCUAUCUCAAUAAUCACCUUCACUAAUUCUAAGAGAUACACAAACAAUGUUACCAUUUUAGUGGUCAGCAAAGUUGUAGCUAGACCAUCCAAUUUUUAUUAUUUGAUUUAUCCCCAUAUUUUACACAAUAUGUACAUCAAGUACAUAAAGUCAUUCAUAAUAUAGAACAUUCUUUCUCAGGAA